UUUGACCAGAAGCGCUUGCGCCAAUUUGUGGGACAGUGCUUGAUUUGUUGCUACGUGCAUAGAGAAAAAGGAGCAUAUCGAAUUGUGGUUGCGCCAGUUCGUGGUUGGAAACUUGGAAGUGCUAUGGCCCCUUUGGAUGGACACUAGUACCAGAAGUGGUCCAUUACAUCGUCAUCGCCUCCCUCGCAACCCAGGCCAUCGAUCGUUCUACAGAACUGUUACGCCGCCCAGCUGCAUGCCGUGGUGGCAGGUCAGAAAACUUUACUUGGAGAUCAGCUACAUAACCCUUGUUCACAUAAUGGAGCGCUUUGAGGACAUGAUUAGAGAAUUCAUCAAAAGCAACGAAAGGGCAAAGCGGAGACCAGUGAACAAUCAUGGUAUAAAUAACUUCACAGAAGAUGAGAUUAAAAUGAUUACGAAGAACUACAAAAAUCCCAUAGGCAAAGGUGCCUUUGGAGAAGUUUACCGAGGCGUUCUUGAUGAUGGUAGUACAGUUGCAGUCAAGAAAUAUAUCUGCCAGAAUUUGAAAGACGGGUUUGCUAAGGAGAUAACUGUUCAUUGCCGAAUUGACCACAAGAAUGUUGUUAGGCUCUUGGGCUACUGUUUAGAAGAAAAUGCUUUAAUGAUUGUCACCGAGUAUAUCCCUGGAGGAAACCUCAAAGAUCUUCUCCAUGGCAGUGAUGAUCACAUUUCUUUGGAUGCAAGGUUGGGUAUUGCUAUAGAAUGUGCUGAGGCAUUAACAUGCAUGCAUUCAUUGCAUCAACCAAUCAUUCAUGGUGAUAUCAAGCCUGACAACAUACUUCUAGAUGAGAACUUGGGCGCAAAAUUAUCCGACUUUGGAAUAUCAAGGUUGCUUUGCAUGGACGAAACUGCUUACACCAUGCACGUUGCAGGAAGCAGAGGUUACAUGGAUCCAGAGCUCUUUGAAACUGGACGGGUCGAUCCUAGAAAUGAUGUUUACAGUUUCGGGGUUGUUAUGGUAGAGCUUGUUACCAGGGCAAAGGUAAAUGAGAAUGGGAUGAGUACCGGAGUCACGAGAAACUUCACUCAAGCUAUUGAAAAGGGGAAAACAGCAAGAGCGAUGUUUGAUACUAAAAUAGCAAACGUGAGCAACAUGAAAGUUCUGGACAAUAUAGGAAAGCUUGCAGCUGAAUGUCUCAGAAGGGAUAUAAAAAAACGCCCUGAAAUGAAAGAUGUUACAGAACGUCUACGGGCUCUUAGAAAAGCUUACUGCCAGCAAGAUCAAGAAAAAACAGGUCGGUGGUCAAUGAAAAAUGUGAACCGAAAAGGACAAAGCAUUUCCGCCAGUUCUAACUCUACUAUGUACUACAAGCUGAACAAUUUGGGCAUGUUUAGUACUUGGAAUGCACCCCGGAAUUUCAUGAGGAACGCAGGUCCAAUAGUAGAGCAAAUGCAAAACCUGAGGGUUUUCACAAGAGAAGAAAUAAGAAAAAUCACCAAUGGUUAUUCAUCAGAUGUAAUUGCCAAGUGUUCAUCUUGUGAGGUCUACAAAGGGACUCUUGAGGACAACACAUUGGUGGCAGUGAAUAUAGAGACCGCAGUGGAUGAAGCCCAUAGUGAAUCCUUUACAAAUAGCAUGCUCAUCUAUUCCAUCAUUCUCCACAAUAACAUUAUCAAACUGUUGGGUUGUUACUUGGAGGCGGAUGUCCCAAUAUUGGUGUAUGAGUUUGCUGCAAACGGGAAUCUCCAGGACAUCCUUCGUGGCAACUACAGCUUCCCGCUUGGUAUACGUCUAGAUAUCGCAGUUGGAUGCGCGGAAGCGUUAGCAUAUCUGCAUUCACGAUCCUUUGCAUUUGUGGGUGCUAACGUCACAUCCGCCAACAUACUGCUAGAUGACAGUUUGGUACCGAAGGUCUCCGGGCCUCUCUUCAUAUGUCACAGCAUCAGUAGCACAUCAGGUGAUGUUUACAGUUUUGGAAUUCUCCUUUUGGAACUUAUAACCAGGAAACAAGGAGGGUAUCGCAACAACAGCCCGCAGGAACUGAGGAAAGCUUACAUGAAAAAAGGGCACACCAUGUUUGACAAGGAGAUAGCCGCGAAGGCGGACAUUUUAAUACUUGAAAGGAUCCAGAUGGUUGCAAUGGACUGUUUGAAACUGGAUGCAUUGGCGCGACCAAAAAUGGCAGAGGUGGCAGAGCGGCUUCAGAGGCUUAAAAAUGUCGAAAGCACGGGAAGCGAACUGCGGGAGCUCUCCAUGCUGAGGAGGUUGGUAGCUUCCAGUAUCAGCAAAGCUAGAGAAAACACUACCCCGGCCACCUGAGCAGAAACAUGGAAUUUGUGAUCAUUCAUUUUUGCAAUUUACUACUCCACGCACGCCAUAGUGUGUAUUGUACUGCCAAUUUGGCAUUGCUGUUUCUGUCAGAUCGGCAUUGAGAGCUUCCCUUCCA